CCCGCCUCCGCCGCGGCGGACCGGAGGGGCGGAGCGGGCCGGACUCGGCGCGUACAAAGCGGCGCCGCCGCCGUCGAGGUCACAGCGGUGGCCCGCGUGUGUGUGCGGGGGGGAGCGGCAUGGAGGGAGCCGGGGCGCUGCUGGCCCGAGGCCCCGCCACCGGGCUGGGCGUCACCGUGUGCGCCGCCGCCGCCGGGCUGCUGCUGUACCGCAUGGCGCGGAGGAAGAAGCCCACACACGUGACAGUGAACUGCUGGUUCUGCAAUCAGGACACGGUAGUGCCAUAUGGGAAUCGCAACUGCUGGGAUUGCCCCAACUGUGAACAGUACAACGGGUUCCAAGAGAAUGGAGACUACAACAAGCCCAUCCCUGCUCAGUACAUGGAACACCUUAACCAUGUUGUGUCGGGUGCUAUGACUUUCUGUGAUCCUACCAAGCCACAGCAGUGGGUGAGCAGCCAAAUUCUGCUUUGCAAGAAAUGCAACAACCAUCAAACCACAAAGAUCAAACAACUGGCUUCAUUCUCACCAAGGGAAGAGAACAAAUAUGAUGAGGAGAUUGAGGUGUACAAGCACCACCUGGAGCAGACCUACAAGCUGUGCCGGCCGUGCCAGGCUGCUGUGGAGUAUUACAUCAAACAUCAGAACCGGCAGCUCCGGGCACUGCUGCUCAGCCACCACUUCAAACGCCGUGAGACAGACAAGACCUAUAGUCAGAAUGUAUGUUCAUCCACCUCUUCUGCUUCCAUAACCACACCAGCUCAGGUGAUACUUCUGCGGUUCUUGGCCUUCCUCAGCUGUGCAUUCCUGGUUCUGAUGGCCUUGUAUGGGUCAGGCAACCCCUUCUCACCCAGCACAGCAAUCCCUGCUCCUGCCUCCUCUGGUCCCGCAUCCACUCCAAACAGGACUGGCACAAGCUCACAUGCAGACUUGGAAAAUGACACUUCCAUGGCGGUGGUCCGCUGGCGGGAGCUGCUCCGGCUGCUCCCAGAGCAGAUGGUGGAGAACCUGAGUGCAGCAUGGGCUUACGGGAAGAACCACCAGGUUGCAGUCGCUGUCCUUGGGCUCUUCACCUGCCUGCUGGCCAUGUUCUUAGCUGGGCGGAUCAGGCUCCGGAGAAUUGAUGCGUUUGCUUCAGUCUUGUGGUUCGUAGUGAUGAGUCUGCAUUUAGCUGAGAGAUACCUGAAGACAGAAACACCCAGCUGGCUGGACACAGCCAAAUUUGGCACCACAUCCUUGUGCUGCUUGGUGGGCUUCACUGCAGCAGUGGCCACGCGGAAGUCAACGGGCCAUCGGAGAUACCGGCCCCGAAGGUACCUUUCUGGGGAUUCCAUUACUCUCUUCCCCAGCGGCACUGGGACUGGCUUCACUUCCCCUGCUACAUCUCUCUUUGUCCCAACGCCACCCAGUAUUCUCCAGCUGACAAACCAGCAGCUCUUCAGGUCCCCACGCAGAUCUUCUCCUUCCUCUCUUCCUGGUCGUCUCAACAGGGCACUCUCACUGGGUACCAUCCCCUCCCUGGCCAGAGCAGAUUCUGGCUACUUGUUCAGUGGAAGUCGCCCAGCCUCACAGUCAUCUCAGUCCAAGGAAUCUCCUACAUCAGACCACUUCUCCUUGCUGUCAAGCAGCUGUGCUCCCUCCCGCAUCCCUUCCCCAGCACCAUCAGUGGCUGGCUCUGUGACCUCCAGCUCGGGUUCCCUGCGGUACCGCCGGCCGCUCAUCAGCCCUGCCCGCCUCAACCUGAAAGGCCAGAAGCUGCUGCUCUUCCCAUCUCAGAAUGAUGCUCAGCUCACUCCAUCUAGCUCAGAGGAGCACACCCACUCAGACAGCAACAUCUUUGCCACCGAGCUGGCCUCCUUCCCAAAGAGGAACCUCAGCGAGCAGGGGAUUCAUGAUGUGAGAUCUGCUAUGGAAGGAGGGAGCAUUUGCAGUGAUAAUUCCAUCAAAAAGGAGGAUCGUUCAUCACACUCAUCUACCUGUGUGGUUGACACAACAACCAAAGGAGAAGAUUUGUCAGGCUGGAGAGGUCAUUUUGGUAACUCUGCUCUCCGAGGCCUGCUAGCCCUGAGUCUGACUCUCAAUGCUAUCUUCACAUCAGCCUAUGUCUACCGGAGCCUGCGUUGAUUUGUGCCAACACUCCCCUUCUUUCUGGUUCCACCUGCUUCGGAGGAGACAAGAAGGAUUCAACCAUGGCUUCACGUCUAAUAGCCAUGCCACUGGUGCAUGCUGGUUUUUAGUGAACUACUGUCUACUCACUUCUCAUGACAAGGAACCCAGUUGCUGCUGCCAUCACUUCCAGGUAGAACAUAGCCCAGGAUUGUCCCUGGAAGUGGCAGGAUGCCCAGAGAGCUCCAGUUCAAAGUGAGAGGCCUGUCAAAUGGCCCUUGUGCUUUCUGUCAAAGGAACUGACCUGAGAGACAAGCCUGAACAUGUGUAAGCUGUGUUUAUAGGAACCUAUCCCCAGCUCUUCUUUCUGACACACGAACCUCAUGCUGAUGGUGCUGGUAAAAUGAGGAGAACUGGAACAAAGGACCUGGAGAAGAGGGGUUGCUUAGUAGCUGGUGCUGGGCUUUGGCUACUGUAGCAGCAUUCCCAGCUUCUUUGCCCAAUGAUUCCUCUUCUCUCUUCCCCUUGGCACUCUCCUCUAAAUUAUCAGUGAAUUUUCUUUAGUUGCCUUAAGCUUGCCUAAGCCCAUGGGUGACCUUGGCUGCUGUGGCAUAUUCUAGCUUCUUCUCUGUUCAUGUGCUUCCAGCUGGGCUGUGCCCUGAGGCCACUUUCACCAGUUGCCAUUCUGGUCGUGCUGGUUCUCACAAACUGCGCAUCCCUCCAGCCAGCACCCUCGCUGCAGGAGUGCACAAAACCCCAGGCAGGCAUCCGUUUGUGAUUUGCAUUAGGAGGAGGAAGCCCGUGCUUUGCUUUACCCAGGAGGCAUUAAUUCUGUUACAGUGAAUUCUGUAGUGAGGAAGGAUCCCUCUGUGAUUUGCACCAUGGUCAGAGGGCUUCAGCUCACAGCUCUGCUGGUGCUUUCACUGGAGCAGCUUGUUCUUGCUGUACACCGCACAAAUCUAUUCUAUCAGAAGGUACAUGAGGAGCUGUCUGAUUGUGGACAUUUAUCCAUAAACCUUCAGUCUGAUACUGGGAUUUGCUAAGUAACCAUUGAAGAUAUUUCUUACUUAGUUCAAUGCCAAGGUGCUCUCAGCUGGGAAUGCCAAACCUGCUCCUGGACAAUCCAGCCUUCUGGAUAGAUUCUUCUUUCCUAACCCGAAGGAAGUGGCCCUAGAUUUCAAAAGCAGUUUGUCAUCUGGGCACUUCUGCUUUUGGGUGAGACUUCAGCAUUGCUUAGGAUUCAGGGGCCAUUUAAAGUAUAGUGCUGAGUACUCAUAAUCAUAUAGUGCAUCUUAGGAACAAAGAAGGUGUUGGUGUUUUGAUGCUUAAAUCCCAAGUGCAGAGAGCAGAUCCACCAAUGUGUCAAGGACAUGUGGUGAAGAGAGAAAGCCAACUGCCAUUAGCUGUGUGUUUCCUGAAGCAGGGCUGACUCUAUUAAGAUAGGGUUUUAUUGUCCUUUCCUUUGGGCUCCUUUACCUCAAACUCCUGUUUCCUCUCCCUCACUGUUCUGUUUUUGCAUCUUGAAUUACAGUGUUACAGUGUCUUUUCCUCCCUUUCAGUACUGCUGCUGUUCUCUCUAUUGUACUCUUGCAUGUGCACAGAAGCAAAGUGUAUCUGCUGGUAAUUCUCUGUUCUGAAUUCACACCUCAGAGUGAUGAUCACCCUUUCUUUCACUUCAUUGUUUCUCUUGCAUGUUUUGAGUUCCUAACACAGUACAUCACGGGAGUGAUAGCCAGACUCUGCUCAGCACGCUGUUUGACACAUUAAAUGGGGCUUUACUGCUGGUAAGUCAAGCACUGACAAAUCUCCCUGUCUCUUCCAUUUCUUCCUGCUAUCUUUUAGCAGCCACUUCCAGGUGCUGCUCCCCAUCCUCCCUAGUGAGGCCUGCUGAUCUCCUGCUCUGCAUCUUACAGGCAGAGGACAGACCUCUGCCCACUCGUGCUGAUCUGAGACACUGUGGAGGUGUCACUUCUGACCCUGCACCUUUUUCUUGGCCUCUUUAGAGUGUUGGUAAAGGGCCACGCAGCCACCACCUCCUGUACAAAGGCCUAGAUCCAGGAUAGAGACCUGCAGCAGAAAGAUGUGCUGCAGGUUGAUGAUGAGUUCUUUUGUAACCUGCAUGAAUUGUUGUAGCUAAACUGGACCCAUAACCUUGCAGUUUAGAGAUUUUUGUCCCCUUUAUAGACUUCUGCGGGCUCACUUGAGCAUGUGUAUAGGCAAGAUGCUAGCAACCAACUUAAAAGCUUCUAUUUAGACUUCUGCUGUUUGAGUUCCAUGAUGCCCCGGUGCAGUGUGCAACAUCCCAUUCAUGGAUCCUUGUCCUGACUUCCAGCAUACCAGGGGCCUCCUAUGCAGAGACAAGCCUGCUGUGGGUUUGCUUGUCUUUAUUACACCAACGGAAGUGCACUGUGACUUCAUGUAUGCAAACUUUCCACCUCCACCUCCCAGUCUGCGCUGAGCCUCACCAUCGCACUCGCCUGGAGUCCACAUUGGUCUCUGUCUCUACUGGAUUGCAAUACAAAUGUUCUCCUCCUUUCCAGCAACCAAGGAGCUGCAGCCUCACAACACACCUCUUCUUGCUUGUAUUCCAGAACUGGAACACUUUAACCUGUCACUGCACUUCUGGACCUGCUCGCUGAAACUGUUCUCGGAAGGGUGACUUUGUCCAAAGCAAUAUAAGGACUUUGGAUUUUAUUGCUGAAGAGGGAAGACAACCAACUAUAUUUCAUUCUGGUGCUAGAACACUCUCCAGUGGUGCUUUCACGGUUGUGAAGCCUUUGCUUGAGCAGCACACACGAAUACAUGUGUGUAUGUGUGUGUGUGUGUGUGUGUGUGCACGUGUGCAUGCAUGUGUAUGGAAACACUUGGAGGGUUUCAUCGUUUCAGAAGAUCUGAGCCCAUGUUUGUCUUACAUUGUUGGCCUUAAUCUAGCUCUUAGAUACUGUGUCUAUCUUGCUGCUGUUUUCUAUGUGAAGCUGGUUUGGAGGGAACUGAAGUUUAUGUGGCCCCCCUGUAAACGUCUGUGCCUGAUGAUGCUGAUCUUCAGACAGGAUUGGGCAGGGGUGAGAUUUUAUUUUUCUAAUGUCUUUCCUACUGUAAAAACUGCUGGAGUGUAUGGAAUGGAAAAGAUCCUGACAAAACGGUCUGAUAGAUCUGAGCAUUACUUAAUAGCAACAGUUAAUGAUUGUGUGGGAUAUAAAUAUGCUCCAUUUCCAGACCUUUUCCAUUACCUACCUCCCUUAAAAACAUCCAGGUACUUUGCUUAUGAACUUGUUGGGCACGUUCUGAGACCUUGCAGAGACUGUUGAUGGUUUUGCUCUUUGGAAUAGGAAGAAUUUGGAUUCUAGAGUCUGGUUCCAGUGCCGCAAUGGGAGCAGUUUGGCAGAUGCAACAAACACAAUGCACACAUCCCUUUGAUGGGACAGAGAGGACUGGCAGAACAAGUUGCUGAUUUCUGAAGGUUAUCAUAUGUUUUUACAUUAAUUUUUAACAUGCCAUUGGUCACUGUGGCAAUGUGGAAAUCCCUCAUUGCUGGCAUAUGUAGGCCAGAUUCACUGGCUUUUCGGCUGUGAGUUGGCCUGUGAAUGUUUUAUUCCCACCCCCUCUUCUUGGGUGCUGGAAACACCUGUAAAACACUGCUGAACUUGACUGGGUUCCUUAAACAGGGCAGCUGGAAUGAAGGGCUUGCGUUGCCUGUGGAUGCUGCUAGAUUUUUUUCUUCCAAGCACCAUUCCUGGAAAUAACCAUGGUCUUAACCUCUCUCACAGACACUUGUUAGAACAUUAGAAAGGGACAGUUUGGCCAAUCCUACUUUUCUUUAAUAGGCUUUGAUUCCAGAAAUUGCCAUCACUGUGACCUGUGGUGGGACAAAGGGACAGAGUACUUGGGGAUGGAUUGGGGAGCUAGAGAGGGUGAGGAGGUCAACUCUGAGUCCUAAACCUGAUUUCCUGUGAAAGACAAACUGUGUGUCAAUGUGUGUCUGCUUGUGUGGGGAGCUCUGACACUGUACAGUUUAGUUCAAUGCGCUCCAGGGGGGGCGGAACUGUUCCUCGGAGGUUUUUAGUUGAUGCUUUGUGUUCAAAGAGGAAUAUUUUUCUUUAGAAAAUAAAACCAGAUGAGUUUUCA